AUGGCUUUCACUGCUCCGAAAUGGCAGGUUGCAACCAUGUCUCUUCAACGCCUCCUUCGGCCAGCCUUAAACACGCGGCACCUCUCUAGAAUAUAUAGGCGAUCCUUAGUCAGCGAGGCCAAGGUUAGCGAUUUCGAUGCCGACCAUGAAGAGGACGCUAAAUUCCCAUCCCCACACGUGCGAAUCGAGAUACCACCCGGCUCAAGAGUGUCUUUUCGUACACCGGAUAGCCUCUUUAGUCACAGGCACAUUGGUCCUUCGGCAGAAGAGGAGAAAGAGAUGAUAAAUGUCUUGGAUCCUCCUGCUCAAGACUUGGAUGACUUCAUCGACCAGUCUCUGCCUCGCGAUAUUCGUGCAUCCAGACCGCUGUGGUUGCAGGAUGCUUUCAACGAGCCGAACAAGCUUGGUGUUCACGAAGUUGCCAUCGAGAGGGAGCUCCUUGCAAUGGCUGUCGAAAACAAUGCCUACUACAACUUUAUUGGCCAAGGCUACUACGGUACCAACACUCCUUCCGUCAUCCAGAGGAACGUCUUUGAAAGUCCGGCUUGGUACACCAGCUACACCCCAUAUCAAGCAGAGAUUAGUCAAGGCCGGCUGGAAUCCCUCUUGAACUUUCAAACCCUCGUCACCGAUCUGACCGGCUUAUCUAUUGCCAAUGCUUCGGUGCUCGAUGAGGGUACAGCAGCCGCUGAAGCCAUGACACUAUCUUUGAACGCACUGCCAUCAUCUCGUCAGAAAAAGGAAGGGAAGGUCUUUGUCGUGUCCAGUUCUUGCCAUCCCCAGACCAUUGAAGUCCUGGCUUCGAGAGCUUCCGGAUUUGGGAUCAAAAUUGUCACUGGUGAUGUCUUGAACGACGAUCAUAAGCUUGUGCGCGAUCAAGGAGACAAUCUUAUUGGUGUUCUGGCGCAAUACCCAGACACCAACGGGGGUGUUCAUGAUUAUCAAGGUCUGUCGGAUGCAGUCCAUGAUGCCGGGGCUACUUUUUGUGUUGCCACAGAUCUCCUUGCCUUGACCCUCCUCAAAUCUCCUGGCGAGUUUGGUGCUGAUGUUGCUCUGGGAAGCGCUCAGCGCUUCGGAGUCCCUCUGGGAUUCGGAGGACCCCAUGCGGCUUUCUUUGCUUGUAGUGAAAAGCACAAGCGUAAGAUUCCUGGUCGUCUAGUCGGCGUCUCCAAGGAUCGCAUGGGAAAUCGCGCUCUUCGUCUGGCUCUACAGACACGUGAGCAACACAUCCGACGAGAAAAGGCCACUAGCAAUAUCUGCACUGCACAAGCCUUGCUGGCAAACAUGAGCGCAUUCUAUGCCAUCUACCAUGGACCCAAGGGACUCAAGGCCAUCGCCAAACGAAUCUCUGCCAUGGCGAGAUUCUCACAGAUCCUCCUUGCUGAUCAUGGUUUCAAUAUCAUCACAAAAGGUAGAGAUAAGGAUGGCCUUGUUCUCUUCGAUACGGUGACUGUGUCUGCACCCAUGGAUGUGAUCCAGAGUGUCUUGGAAUCUGCGAGGCAAGAGCGAGUUUCGCUCAGAUACAUUGGACGGGUACCGGGUACAGGAGAUGCCCAAAUAGCCUUCUCAAUAGAUGAGACAAUUUCAACCAGGGUUUUGUUCAAAUUAUUGAACACAUUCGGCGUCAGCCUGGAGAGUUUCAAGGCCGCUCUACUUAAUCCAGCUAUCACGGAAAUGACGAAUGACGACAGUAUUCCCGCCAAUCUGGAGAGAAAGACACCAUACUUGACGCAUCCGGUAUUCAAUCAACACCAUUCUGAAACGGAACUUUUGAGAUACAUCCAUCAUCUCCAAUCCAAAGAUCUUUCUUUGGUACAUUCCAUGAUACCAUUAGGAUCUUGUACCAUGAAAUUGAACGGCACGACUGAGAUGCUCCCCGUUUCUUAUCAUGGAUUUUCCAAAUUACACCCUUUCGCACACCGUUCAAAUACUCGAGGCUAUGACAGACUAAUCAAGGCGCUUGCAAUUGCUUUGACAAACAUUACCGGGAUGCACACUACCAGUUUACAGCCAAAUUCAGGUGCUCAAGGAGAGUUUGCUGGCCUCCGUGUCAUCAAGAAACACCAUGAAAACUCGGAGAAUGGUCAAAAGCGAAAUAUCUGUCUGAUUCCUGUCUCGGCACAUGGCACUAACCCAGCGUCUGCAGCUAUGGCUGGCAUGAAGGUCGUUCCACUCAAAUGUGACACAAAAACUGGUAACCUUGAUAUCGAAGAUUUGAAAGCAAAAUGUGAGAAGCAUAAAGACGAACUUGCAGCCAUAAUGAUCACCUAUCCAAGCACAUUCGGUGUCUUUGAACCCCGAGUUAAGGAAGUCUGCGAAAUUGUACACGAACAUGGAGGACAGGUUUAUAUGGAUGGUGCCAAUCUCAAUGCACAAAUCGGACUGUGCAAUCCCGGAGAAAUCGGAGCUGAUGUUUGCCAUCUCAACCUUCACAAGACAUUUUGCAUUCCUCACGGUGGCGGUGGGCCAGGUGUUGGUCCAAUUGCUGUCAAGAAGCAUCUUGCUCCAUAUCUUCCAACCCAUCCCCACAGGGAUCCUCACAAUCGUCCCGGUGCAAAUACGGACGCUGAUUCCAAAGCAAUCUCUCCAGUCAGCUCUGCGCCAUGGGGAAGUGCGUCCAUUCUCCCAAUCAGUUAUGCCUACAUUCAACUCAUGGGUGGUGAAGGACUCACACAUGGUACCAAACUUGCUCUUCUUAAUGCCAAUUAUAUCAUGUCUCGGCUCAAGAAUCAUUAUCCGAUUCUUUAUACUAACGAAAACGGUCGCUGUGCUCAUGAGUUCAUUCUUGAUGCUCGUGGAUUUAAGGAGACCAGUGGAAUCGAAGCUAUUGACAUUGCCAAACGGCUGCAAGAUUACGGUUUCCAUGCUCCUACGAUGAGCUGGCCUGUUGCAAACACCUUGAUGAUUGAGCCAACAGAGUCGGAAUCAAAGGAAGAACUAGAUCGCUUCUGUGAUGCGCUUAUCGAGAUUCGAAAGGAGAUCAAAGAUGUCGAGGAAGGCAAAGUUCCUCGUGAUGGAAAUGUACUCAAAAACGCACCACAUCCUCAAGCAGAUCUCCUGACGGAAACAUGGGAGCGACCUUAUACCAGAGAGCAAGCUGCAUAUCCACUACCAUGGCUGCGAGAGAAGAAGUUCUGGCCAUCUGUGGCACGGGUGGAUGAUGCGUAUGGUGACACAAACUUAUUCUGUACAUGCACACCGGUAGAGGGAUUCGAGCAGGAAGGGAUCACCGGCAUGCAAGCUCCAACGCCGACAUGA